AUGGCACUCACAAGUCCACCGAUGCCUUCACCUACAGCCGCUGGCCUGGCUUCUGCCUUUAGUCCGCACUCAGACUCUCCCAAUUCGCCUGCACGAUUCAACACUCUCCCAGGAUCCGGAAAUACUCGGAGUAAUCGAUCAUCUGGACCAAGCGACUCCCUCGCACCACCACCUUCCCCAUACCCGCAACAGAUCGAACCCUCGCCGGUAGACUCCAAUGGCACAGAAGGUACAGAGAUAGAAGAGGAUGCACAAGAGGAUGCGGAAGUAGAAUUGGCAGGAUCAGAACGCAAUAGAGGCUCUCUUGAAGUGCAAUCACCAGAUAUUGAGAUUAUCAGUCCUGCGAGCGCAAAGAGUGACAACCCGCCUAAGAUCGUUACGGCGUUGCCUUCGCGCCUACGUUCGGACUCAGCAGACAAUGAUCCACAGUCAGUGAUUCACAUUCCGUCAGGCUUCAAAGACUUUGAAUCUGGCCGGACUCACACUUCGCCUUCGGAACAAUCGGAGAAUACUGCCAGAGUCGCAUCCCCAAGCACACCAGAAGCGGUAGUCAUUCCGCCUGCAGACCGGAGGCCAUCUGCCACCAUAUCUCCGGUAAACACAAAUGUGCCACGCUAUAUGGAACGAGAGACUCCACAGGCCAAGACAAGGCAAGAGCUGGACGAAGAAUAUAAUCGCAAAAGUCGACGCACGUCGAGCCUAGCAGACAUCCCCGAAGCCUUGGACAAGGACAUCGACGAGGAGCCCGGCGCCGAGCCAGAAGACGAGAACAAGGAAGAUGAUGCACCCAACACAGCGGGACUCGUUAGCGACGCCUCCAUGGCGCAGGCCAUCCAAACUCUGGACAAUGUCAAUGAAGAAGUCGCUGCUCUUCGCACGGCACUGGCCGAGUGCUGGACGCUAUGCAAUACUCUCGCAAAUCUCUCCUCCAGCCACAGGCAACGGACGUUCAAGUUCCAAGGCAAGACGGAAGUCCAGGAACAAGCAUGGCGAAGCUGUUGGCGGCUGUGCCAAGAACUAUACGACCACAAAGACGAAGAUCACACCUCGCAGGUCAUCCCGACUUUGGAGCUAUGCCGAGACUUCUGUCAGUCGCUCUUUGAUGCAAGGCAAAGAGUUGAUGAAGCAUCGGAUUCGGUACUUCGUGUGAGCUUUGAACUCAACAAUCAUCUUUACAACAUACAUGAUCGCAAUCUGCCGGAUGCAUUCGUUGAGCGCACCCUUGACUUCUACAUCACGCUUUGCCAUCGACUCAUGAAGAUGCGUACAUCUUUGCCGCAGGAGACGGACUCUCUGCUCCGAGCUUGCUGGUCCCUUGCAGAAAUGCUCUUCAACUUACGGCAGAACAGCCGCGAAGGCAAGCAGGCGGACGAAGAUCUCCUUGGGUCGGCUGUGCAAGCGUGCUGGGAAUUAUGCGAUCUUUUCCGAGAAGGCUGGACUCAGAUCAGACCUGAUAGAAACACACCACGGCCCAUCCAGACAACGUUCGGCUCUCAAGCAUCACUACACUCCAACUCUACUCGCGGCUCAAACGGACGGUCCACGGCAAGCACGGUCAGCACUCGAAAGUAUCACGAAGCAAGCGCAUUUCCUCCCGAGACGCCAGUAACUAUAUUCGACGACACAUCCACAGCGAACUCGUCCCCAGACUCAGUCACCGUUCCAAACAUCCUGGUCCUUGGUCCAGCAUCUUCAUCGGGAUCAGCACGAGGUGCACCGCAUCACGAACGCUGGUCCAGCAAUGCAUCCGUUCUAAGUGAUUACUCAGAAUCAGCCGCUGACUCGCAGAGGUCUUCCUCCACCGCCACAGCAGGAGGCGAAGAAGGCCAAUUAGCACGACUACGAUGCCUGCUCCUCAAAGCCGGCAUGAACACAGGCUACUCACGCACAUCAGGGCAACCGCUCCCGACCUACGUGAAAGCAUUACCAGACAACGCCUUCGGUACACUACCCUGGCAAAUGAAAGUCCUCAGCUUCUACAAGAAACUCGUCACAAACGACAAAUCAAUGCUGACGGUACACACUGUGGCAGGCCGAAGACUGAGUGCCGCCGAAACUGCCAAAGCCGUAAGAUGGCUUGGAAGCACGGGGCAGUGGGCUUGGAUGCGAGAUUUAUUUAGACUUGUGUUCGGCUUUGGCGUCGACGAAGCUGAUCGGAGAGGAGGAUCGUUUCAGAUAUGAGAUCGACCAACUCAGCAUGAUGAUGUUCAUGCGCGAUGAUUUGCAUGAAGACACGAUGACCAGGCGCCUGGGACUUUUUCUGGCGAUGGCGGCGCCUAUGAAUCGCCAUGGGAUCAAAUUCUCCGACAUGUCUCGGUAGCCGCGACGCAUGGUCAUGAGCCUCGUGGUUGCACAAGGCUUGUAUCAAGUUAUAUGCGACCGACACCAUAGCGCAUAGCGGCCGGCGCUUGGAAUUUCAACUACCAAGAGGAUUUUGGAACAGCAGAGGAAAACAACAUGAACGAAGAUGGAACUGAAAAGAGAAGGGACCGGAGGAGCGAUAGGCGAAGCGAAGUGAUUGCCAUAUACCCCUUUCGAGGCAUUUGUAGAUGACAUUGAUGCCGUUAUUGAUAGCAACGGGGGAGCACGAGACGAUAGUGCAGAGAACAGAUCUCUUCGUUGAUGAAGGUUCUAUUUGUACAGAUAGAGUAUUGAAGCAGGCCAAGAGAAGCCUUUUUCUUAUCCC